UUUCUGUCAGUUUCGCUCCCCUUCCAUCUUGUCAGUUACGCUCCUCUCCUUGGAUGGCCAUUUGUUGUUUGUCCGUGGCGUGGAGUUCUUUAUUGUAUAGGCUCGUCUCCGAAGGGGAUUUUUUCAAAUGUUGAACCAUUCCUCUCUUCUCGUAAACUCCAAGCCUCCACCCAUUCACCUGAACGCCUCCUCCUUCCAGAUAUCGUGCCACCAACAUGCCCUGUCUAAUUCGAAUGUGCCGGAGAAGUCCUUCCCGCACGGCUCUCCCUGCGUGGUCGAGAAGGAAAAUCUCACUAACGGCUCGAUUCUUCCUCAACAGUCGGCGCACUUGGCCGAUGCGCCCGGUGCUCUUCCCCCAUCUCAGCCCCUUGCGCCACAAGGUAAGCUCCAGCAAAGACCGAGGCAAAUGCUCGGAGCGUCGCACACGCCUCAAACACCCUCAACCUCAGAACUCCUUCCCAACCCACUGCUCGAAAAACUGCCGCGAGUAACCGGGCAAAAUGCGAGCAACCCGCACUUCAGUACCGCGUAUCCUGGCAGCAAUUAUGGUGAUCCUCUGUACCGAUACUCGACGAUGAUUUCCCCCACUUCUAAAAACCCGUAUCACACCCCCUCCCAGAACAGCCAGGAAGAAAAUGGGCCUCGCGAUCGAACUUCCGUUCAAGAUAAUCCCGUCCUUUCGGUAAACUCUCAGUCCUCCGAACGACCCAAUCACGCCCCUAAUUCCCUCGCCGAACUCUCUCCAUGCAUCUACUCUGUCCAAACCACGCCGAGCUCAAACGCUCUCCCGAAGACCGCUCAGCCCCCUGCUUCGUCAGAGAAGGACUCUAUGGCCCGAAAACAAGCACUCCUCAUCAAAGCGCUCGAACGAGAUAAGUUUUCCAACCCGCAGUCCUGGCUCGCCUAUCUCCAGUUCGAGUACUCCAGAAAAGCGCAGCCGGAAAAACUCAUUUCGAAAAUCAACCAAUUCGUCUUCACGAAGAUCAACUCGGCCGAGUACCUAGACGACCCCAACUAUCUCAAAAUAUGGCUCCUCUAUUCCCACCUCCAUUCCUCCCCACAAGACCGACACGACAUCUACAAAAAAAUGCAGGUCGACUGCAUAGGGAAGCACCUCGCUGCGUUCUACAUCAGCUGGGCCAAGUUCGAACUCCACCACUGCGGCAUCGAACGCGCCCAAUACAUCCUGUCUCUGGCCAACGAAUACAACGCGCAGCCCUCCCAAGCCCUCUCAAGCUUCCACUCGGAACUUCUCCGAAGCCGGCAGUUGUCGCUGACUUCUGCCGAAUUAACGCCUAGCUGUCAAAAAUCGGACGUAUACACGGAAAAUCCUUGUGUGGCGGCACCUCCUUCAGCUGUCUCUGAACAUGGCAGCGGCGGCAAGCAGCUGUCUCCGUGCGCCUCGUUGACGCCUCUUGCUCCCACUCCUUCCUCGGCCGGUCUGGCGCAACACAUCCCCGCUCGGCCCGAGCACACCCCCGAUCCCCAACGAUUCACCCCGCGACCCCCCUCGAGUCAUGCCCAGGGCUCUCUCCUCAAGUCGUCCAACAACUCGAGCGCGCCGCGCCGGCCCACGCUGAAGAGCCUGGGCUCCAGUUUUCGAGGCGGCGCGAAGCGCCAAAUUGUGGCGGAAAAAAGCUCGACGCCCCCCCUUCCGUGUGAGACCCCCAGCGAGAGCGGGACCCCUUCAUCGGAAGGCUCCGACCUGCGCCACCAAGACGGGCUCCAACACGCCGCUAGAGCCGCUGACUGUGACCACAAUCCCUCCCCCGAUGGGACGCGCCCCUCCCGUGUUGCGGGGCCGGUCCCCGACCAGCCGCCAAACGACCGCGCGAACACCGAGCUCGCCGAACGAAGCGCCUUGGAAGACGUUGAAACACACAAAUUGCAUACACAAACGCCGCUGCACGAAGUGUCGUCCUCGCGCGCCGAUCAUCAUAGAACCCACUGGGCGAUGGAGCGCCUCCGAGCGCCUCCGAGCGCCUCCGAGCAGGCGGGCCUCGACCAGGCACAGAAGAGACCCUGCACCCGCGCAAGCGAAGCCGUCCGGACCCCGGCGGACGGCGAGAAAUCCGCCCGCUGCGGGCGUGAGGACGGAUCGGAACCCGCUCAAAGCAAUAACGGUCAAGCACCAAAUUUUGUGGACGAGCCGUUAUCCAACGGUCAAGCACCUUCAAAAUUUAUGGAAAAGCCGUUAUCCAACGGCCAAGUUCCUUCAAAUUUUGUGGAUAAGCCGUUAUACAAUGGCCAUGUACCUCCAAAGUUUGUGGACAAGCCGUUAUACAACGGCCAUGUACCUCCAAAGUUUGUGGACAAGCCGUUAUCUAACGGUCACGUGCCUCCAAAUUUUGUGGACAAACCGCUAUCCAACGGUCAGAACACGAAUCGUGCCACCGUCGCGUCGGAGUCGAGCGUUGGUUCGGCUCAGAGGCGAGAGUCCGGAGAGGCGAGGCCGCUGGUCCGCGCGUCGCCCGACCGGCAGGCGGAGAAGUCGGCGGGCACCAAGGAUAAUUCGACGGACUCGGCGACAGCUUCGCAGAAGGCGUUUGGUUCCCUUCGCGAAUGUUGGCAAAAGGCAUCUGCGCUGCUCAAGACGUCGGUGAUCGAGCUGAAAAGCGUGCCCUAUUUGAACCUCGGGCUGAUAGGAAAGGGAGGUUCUAGUCGUGUGUAUCGCGUCUUGUCGCCCGACUUUACGAUUUUGGCGCUCAAGGUGGUUUCGCUGGUAGAUCAGCCGCCCGAGGUGUUGGAGCAGUACCUGAACGAGGUCAAGCUGCUGCAUUCGCUUCGAGGCAAGAACCGAUACGUGAUAGAGCUGGCAGACGCGGCGGUGAAUUACGAAAAGCAGAUACUGAUGGUUUUGCUCGAAUACGCAGAGAUUGACUUUCACCGCCUUUUGGCGAGCGAUCCCGUCGUCAAGCAGCAGAUAGCGAAGGCGCAACAGAACGGAGAACCAGCACUGUACGGGAAGUUGGCGCACGACAUCGAGGCGCUUAGGUAUUAUUGGAAGUCGAUGCUGAUGGCGGUUCAGAUCAUACACAGUCACCGCAUCGUGCACGGAGACUUGAAGCCGGCCAACUUCGUGAUUGUGAAGGGCCAGCUUAAGCUGAUUGACUUUGGGAUUGCGAAGGCGAUCAACCACAACACAAGCAACAUCAAGCGCGAGGACAUCGUUGGAACGCUCAAUUACAUGGCGCCGGAGGCCGUUACGCCAAAAGAGAAUUCGCAGUGGAAGGUUUCGCUGGCCAGCGACGUCUGGUCUCUCGGAUGCAUUUUGUACCAGAUGGUGUACGGAUACGCGCCGUUUGAACACGUAAAAAAUUUUGCAAAAAAACUGAUUGCGAUUUCCGGAGGCGACGGUUCGACCAUUGAAUUUCCCAAGAUUUCCAACGUUCAUUUGGUUCAGAUCAUGGAGUCUUGUCUGAAGCGCAAUCCAGCGGACAGGCCCACGAUAUCCGAGUUGUUGCAGCACGAGUUUUUCGACCAGAAGUUGAAGAGGCUCUGACGUCCCGGCGCGGCGAACAAGCUUUUUUUUUGCCAAGUUGUGCGCGUCUCUUGGUGUGUCCCUCGAAAAAAAAAAAAAAGGCACGAACGGGCGCUUCAGUGGAUCGAUGGCGAAGUCAAGGGGCGGAGUGGAGUUUAUAGUUUCUCGCGAACGUGAGAAAUCCGGUGUGUCCUUUCAUGGUUUUGUGAGGUUUGGCGACCGGUAUUUUCCUUUGCGCGUUGGGCGUUGGGUCGUGGUCCUGACAGGUUGGCGUGGUGGAGUUGGUUUUUUUGGCAGGAUGGUGGUCGAUGGCGUUUUGAGGCGGCGCGUAGAAGUUUGGAGCGUCGAGUAUUUCCUUGACGGCGUAAGUUCUGAGAAGGCAUUCGAUGGUUUCUACGUUUGCGAAUCCCUCGUUGGCGAGUGCGGCGGUGGUGAGUUGGACUUGUUCGAUGCACGGGGAGAAAGAAGCAAGCAUUCCGUCGUGUUUCAGUGAUUUUUUACAAUAUUGAAUGACUUCCCAGGGAGACGGAAGGUCCAGGAAGAUGGCGUCUGCCGUGUUGUCGAGUUCGGCUGGGAAUCCGGUUUCGACUGUGUCUCUUUGGAUACAAGUGACCCACGGGCUUAUGCCGGUGCGUUCGAAGUCCACGAUGGCCUCUUUGUGUCUGACGCUGUGGUAUUCGAACGUGUAGACGUGGCCGUUUGGUUUGAUGGCGCUGACGAGAGAGAAGGUGAAGCAUCCGGUUCCGGUUCCGGUUUCGAAGACGAUAGAGCCUGGUUUUAUGUUCAGAGAUGCGAGGAUCAAGGCUGUGUCAGUUUGAUAUGUGAUUUCCGUUCUGUGAGUGCAGCUUAGGCCCCAGAGCUCUGGAGACGGGCGAAGCACGAUCAUCCAGUUCGAAGACGGAUGUUUAGCGUAGAGCUGGGAAAAAAAAAAAAAUUAAAAAGGGGAAAAAAAAAAAAAGAA